GUUCUCUUACCUUUUCUUUCUUUCAACCCCCAUUCUCAUUCCGUCCUUCAUCAACGCACCACCGCGACGAUGGCCUCUCAAAAGCUAUCGCCGAAGCCAUCUCCUAUGGAGAAGUCCAAACCUUCUCCUAAGAAGAAGAAGUCGGCCAAACCACCCCCCAUUACCACCUCUCGGCCGUCUCCCAUACCUCCCAUUGUUAUACCGAAACCUUCUCCCAUGCCAUCUCCUACGCGACCAUCCCCUAUGCCACAUAUGACACCUACGUCAACGCCCGGCUUGGACUCUCCCGCUGGUCCGAUGAACAUGAACUUGUUUAACGACGAUGACGCUCCAGCAUGGCAUUCUGACCUCGAUCUUGGCCCUCAGCCAGGUAUCCGCGGUGGCCCCUAUGCUAUUGCGCUCACAAAGAUCCCACCUCUUAAGGUCCCCAAAACACCGUACAUACCGUUAGUAAUUAACACGUUGCCAAUGAUUCGCGAUAUAAUUAUCCCUUCACUUUGUUUGCCUGAUAUAUAUGCCAAACUCACCAUUCUCAUCGCUAUUCAAAGCUGUUUUACAUCAUCCUCAUAUCUACCACUCAUAACUGUUUUAUUAUUUAUUCAUUUUCAAUAGUUCGCCU